AUGGAUCGCCUUAACCGGAUGCUCCAGGCUGCCCAGGGCAUGGGCAUGGGUGGUGGUGCCCCGGGUGGUGACACACCGAACCUGAUUGAUAACUCCGAAACUGUCCACAUCUCUUCCCUGGCUCUGCUCAAGAUGCUACGACACGGCCGUGCAGGUGUUCCAAUGGAAGUCAUGGGUCUGAUGCUAGGCGAGUUCGUCGAUGAGUACACAGUUCGGGUUGUGGAUGUUUUUGCCAUGCCCCAGAGCGGUACUGGUGUCAGUGUUGAGGCCGUGGACCCUGUGUUCCAGACCAAGAUGAUGGAGAUGCUCCGGCAAACGGGACGGCCAGAAACUGUUGUUGGCUGGUACCACUCGCAUCCUGGUUUCGGCUGCUGGCUCUCCUCGGUCGAUAUCAACACUCAGCAGUCCUUCGAACAGCUCACACCUCGUGCCGUUGCCGUUGUCGUCGAUCCCAUCCAAUCAGUGAAGGGUAAGGUCGUCAUUGAUGCGUUCCGUCUCAUCCAGCCUCAAACCGUGGUCAUGGGCCAGGAGCCCCGCCAGACCACAUCCAACUUGGGUCACCUCAACAAGCCUUCGAUUCAGGCUCUCAUUCACGGCCUCAACCGCCACUACUACAGCAUUGCGAUCGAUUACCGCAAGACAGGAUUGGAGGAGAACAUGUUGAUGAACCUCCAUAAGCACGUAUGGACCGAGGCCUUGGACAUGAGUGACUUCCACGAGGAGGGUCAGCACAACGUGGAGCGCAUGAAGCAGCUUGUUCUCCUUGCCGAGGGCUAUGAAAAGCGCAUCAAAGAAGAGACCGAGCUGAGUAAGGAUCAGCUGAAGACAAGAUAUGUCGGCAAGGUCGACCCCAAGAAGCACAUCGAGGACGUGAGUCAACAGUUGAUCGAAGAUAACAUUGUCGCCGUCUCGAGGCAGAUGAUUGACAAGGAAGCUUCCGUGGCCCGGCAAUCAUCGUCCAAAGACAACAGUAACGGUGCUGUCAUGGAAGUGGACGAAGAUCUCUAA